AUGUCCAAUGCGUCGCAGCUACUGCUGCUAGCAGAUCAUAUCAAAUUAUCGCUCCUCGAGCGACAAAGGGCGGUGUCUUUGAAGCUCGACCCCAAUCCAUCGCAAGAUUCCAACAUUGCUCGGUCGCUUGAGUCUUUUCGAGAAGGCAUAGAGUCUCUAGCGGGGCGGUCUUCGGAUACGGAACAGCUUGAUACACUGAGAUCACAAUACGGCGAUCUCUUCCGGCAGUUCCACGGCGAAUCAUCAAGUACGGCUGCAGCUACUCUGACGUCGCCAAACGAUCCAGCACUGAAGCACGACUUCGAGCAUGCGCGAACACGAUCGAGUCUCGAUAAGUCCGGCAGACCACAGAUGACCAAGUCGUCGAGCAUGAGGGGAAAGGACGCUGCCUCUGCUGCCAAAAACGUUCGGUUCCGCGACAACCCCUCGCAGGAAUCACUCGAUGCGGAUGACGAGGCCAACCGUGCCUCUCUUUUCCCUCAAAGAUACACCGAUGAGCCCGAAACGCCGGAUCCGACGGCCGAAAUGAGCAACCAGCAGAUUCACGACUACCAUCAGCAGGUGCUUCAGGAACAGGACGAUCAGCUGGAUACUUUGAGCGACAGUAUUGGUAGGCAGAGACAGCUAGCUAUGCAAGUGGGCGACGAGCUCGAAGGUCAGGUUGCACUGCUUGACGAGGUUGACCGAGGCGUCGAUCGACAUCAGUCCCGCCUUGACGGCGCAAAGAAGAGGCUAAAGGGCGUCAGCGAGAAGGCCAAGGCCAACUGGGGCGCGACGACCAUCCUGGUACUGAUUGUGAUCCUGGUCCUUCUGAUUGUCAUUCUGAAGUAA